GCAAUUUCGUUUUCAUUGAAAAACAAUAUUCCAGCUGUAAAGGAUCUUGGACUCAUACUAACCGAAUGCGGAAAUUUUGAAGACGCACUUGAUCAAUUUAACGAAGUCAUUUCUCAGUGCUUAGAGAUCCCAGAAAGUUUGCCUCAAAGCGAAAAGGGAAAUGGAAAUGAAAAUUUGGAAUACGUCUUUACACUUACUCAUGCGUACGAACAAGCUGGUCUUUGUUUGUAUAAACGUGCAGAGAAACCCGGCAUAAUUUUGGAAAGGUCGACCAAAUGGAACGAUGAAGCUGAGAGAAAGCUCAUGAAAGCGGUGAGCCUGUCUGCCAGAAUGUCUAAUCUUGACUCGAAUAUAAAAAAUUACCAACAUGAGGUAUGGAAAGCAUUCAGCACUUUAGAGGCAAAGUAUGAAGCUAACCCAGACUCUCCAAAAGUCAUCAAAAUGUAUCUGCAGCUUUUACACCGUAUGGCGCACUUUGAGAAAAUCCCUGAAAUUAUGGAGAAACUAAAAGCGAUGAGU